AGCAGUUCGAAUCUUGUUCAUGGCAAGCUUAGUCGCUUCACCCGGUCCAUGGGAGCCUUUACUUUUGGCCAGACUGGAAAUCGAUGGCUCUCCGAGGUUCCGCCCCGCGCCACAGACGCCACGCGCGUCCCACCGGACCUCCGCACGCUGGACCGGCGUGGCGUGGAGCCUGGCCGCCGCGUGCGCCGGGCGAUGUGCCGGGCACCGCGCCGUGGUCCGAAGAAGUGGCGCGGUGGAGGUGCCUGAGCAGACCCGGUCGACUGGGACCACAGCGGCCGAAGCGCGCCGUGCCGCGGCGCGGCGCAGCUUCCGGGAGGUGGCCACGAGCACACCAGUGGAGCGUGAGGAGACCUGGCACCUUCCUGCCGAUGCACCAAAGGCUCUCCAAGCCUUGCGAGGCACCUACUAUUUGAACGGCCUGGCGAGCUGCGACCAGGGGGGACGCUUAGUCCAUCCCUUCGAGGCGCACGGCUUCCUCCGAUCCUUUCAAUUCCACGGCGAUGGUUCAAUUACCUAUCGAGGACGUUUCGUCGAAACCACCUGCUCAUCGAUGGAGCGCGCUGCUGGACGCCCUCUCUUUAGAGGAGUCUUUUCGAACGUGGUGGAUUUUGACCUUCCGCUCGGUCUACUGAAUGCCUUCUCGCCCAGAACGCGGGAAACAGCGAAUUUGACCUGCCGCCGUUGGCCUCCUCGCGCCCCUCGUGGAGUCGGGGGACCACCGUGCUCCGCAGUGCUGGUGGCUAGCGGUGACAAUGACACCCCGAUGGCCUUGGAUCCCACGACGUUGGAGACGCUGGGCCCCGCGCCCUUCCCGGGCCUCUCCGAUGAGAAAUGGCUGGCGCACACCCGCUACGAUGCUCCGCGACACCGCUUGGUUUAUGCCUCGAGCACCUACGUGAGUGAUGCCGAGGACUUCCUGGGCACCAAGCUGGUGUUUCAUGAGUACAACGAGGAGGGCCAGCUGGUGGGGGAGCGGACGCACCAGACCAGUUUUAUGGUGGUGCAUGACUGGAUACUUACCGAGAACUACUACGUGGUGCCGAAGAAUCCGGCGCGCUUCCAUCCGCCGGGGCUCUUCGCGUUCCUCUCGGGUGUGGCACAGGGCACGGAGGUUUUUCGGAUGGCGGAGGACGAGGCCUGUGCUUUUCUCUUGAUUCCGCGGGCGGGCAUGACGGGCGAGGUGAAGGAGAUCCCUUUGGAUCGUUUCUUCAACAUCUUCCACAUGGGGCCCACCUACGAGGAAGAGAAGUUGAUGGUGGUGCAUUUCGUUGCCUUUGACCGCUACCGCUUUGGUGGUGAAAUGGGUUUCGACGUGGUGGAGCAGGACUUUGAUCCCAUCGGGUGGUCCGCGAGCGCCACCAAUCCGCCCCCACGGCUACACCGGCUUCAACUGGACCUGGAAGGCAACCAAAUGCUGGAGCGGACGCAGGUGCCACUGCGAGACAAGUUACGGGGUGGACAGGAUGUCCCAGUGGAUAUGCCGACCUUCCACCCUUUGCGGGAUGGCCUGAAGGCGCGGUAUUGCUACUUCUCCGGUGCUUGGCGUCCAGAGGGAUGGUUUCCCUUCCGCUCCUUGCUGAAGGCAGAUCUGCAGAGUGGCGAGGUCACGAAUUGGGAUGCUGGGGAUGGGUGCCUCGUGUCUGAGCCCCUGUUCCUGCCCAACAGUCCUGGUGCUACAGAGUGGCUGGGAGAAGAGCAAGAGGAUGAUGGCUGGCUGGCGAGUGUGGUGCACGAUGGAGACGCUGAGCGCUGUCGCCUGGUGCUCUUGGAUGCUCGCCGGGUCCAGGAGGGCCCCGUGGUCACGCUGGACAUGGGGCCUUUAAGUCCCUGGGGCCGCUGGGCGAACCGGUUUGCUGGGGCCAUGGGACCAGUCAUGUCGGCAGAUUUUUGUAGCCUAGGUCAGUCCGGUGAAGACGAUAGUUUGCAUCGUUGAAGUAAAGUAAGGAAGUGGCCUAAAGGUUGUUUUCUAGUUUUUAUGCUUGGUAACUUUUGACAACAAAUAGUCUUGGACUUUCAGGGUACUUGUACAUGUAUAUAGAACCCCCCAAGCCAGCCAAGUCACCGAUGGGUUUGUGCCUACUCGGUAUCUAUUUCGGGAUCUGUCUUUUGCACCACAAAUGUUCGAACAGGUUUGCCUUUUCGCCACUCUAAGCACUCAACGUACACUCGAUAAGCCUGGAUUCUUCAACGAGCGUACCUUCGUUCUUGAAGAAUGACGGGGGACCGAGGCGCUUCGAAGCGGUGCCAAGCAGCUCUUCGGAGUGGCGAACGUCGCCGUAAACCCCAAACUUUAACCUUGAGAUCUUUUGAGUACAAUCACCUGGAGCCCAGACAUGACCUUUGUUUUGACAGGAAAAAGGCCCAUGGUGCUUGGGUGUCUGGUGGUCCAUUUCAUAGAGAUCACAAAAAGGCACAGACGGCAUAGAAACCUUUUACGAAGCAAACUCCCAAAAGAUCAAGAAACAUCGAAGAUCUCUGAAGCACCUUCGGCUCAGCUGGUGGGUGUCAGCCAGAGAUCUUUGGGUUUGGAUCUUUGGCUCAAACCACUAAAGCAUCCGUGUUCCCAAACUUCAUGUAGAUGUCAGUCACUUUAAGCUGACUUCACGACAAAAACCCGUUUGUAUCAUGUUUGUAUAUAUAAUAUAUAUAUUUAUUUGUUUAUUUGUAUAUAUAUGUGGUUGUUUCAAACAACAUUUCAGAACCACGGUUUGGCCAUAGCAGCAGCAUGCCAUUGUUGAUGAGGUGUGCAUUCUUGCUGGGCACCAGAUGACUAAGCUGAACGAGCGCGUGUUGCAUAGAGCUUGUGCCCGCCUCGCUGCACUCUCUCAGAAGGACUUUGGUCACUUGGUGGUAGUUCUAGAUUCCAUAGCCAUAGAGGCAGUUGAUUGUAGAAAAGAGUGGAGUUGUCGUUGCUGGCGGUUACAAGCUAUCCUCAUGUCCAUUAGCUUCCCACUACAUAGCUCGUGGGAUCCUGGUCACCUGGUCGCCAUCACCUGAUGAUUUCGUAGCCGCCGAACAUGGCGUGGCAUCGGUUGAGUGGCGCGUGG